UGUAGCCUCAUCACUCACAUGCACGUGGCGUGAUCUUGAUCCCCCUCCCCUCUUUUAAAUCUGAGCCUCAGUUUCCCCUUCUCAAAAACAGAGGAGGGUUGGAUCUGCUGAGCGCUAAUAUUCCAGACUGUAAUGGAGUGCAGAGGAGGGGGAGAUGGGGGACCUGCACGUGACUUCCCCGCUCAGGGCCCCGCCUAUCCCUGGUCCAGGGGAUGGGAGCGCCCAGCGAGGACAGGCGGGGGUGGGCGGAUCCUAAGAAACCCGACCCGGCCGCCCUUGGCGGCGGCUAAGGCGCUCUCAGCGACCCGCUAGCCCUGGCGACGGCACGGGAGGAGAAUGGGGACCUCAACACGGGCUUCGCAGGUGCUACCGUGGAGGCGAGGGCCGCGCAGAGAUUCGGCGUGUGACUAGGAGCGCACCUCGGGAGGAUGGAUGAGGGAUUGGCAAACAGCUAACAGGGCUCUCUCCGCGCCGGGUCAGCGGAAGCACAUGUCGUGGACCCUGAGCAGCGGCAGCGCCAAGCUCCUCUCAGGCCAUGAGGAAUGCGCGGGCCGUCCGGCCGGGGAACGCCGUCGAGGCUGGCUGCAUCCUGCUGCGCUGAGUGGGUGAAGGUGAGAGGGGCGCAGGCGGCCGGGCUGCGCGAGAGAGCAGCGCCAUGGCGAAGGAGGAGUGCAAAGCGCUACUGGACGCGCUUAAUAAGGCGACCGCAUGCUAUCACCACCUGGUGCUGACCAUCGGCGGCUCCGCAGACUCGCAGAACCUGCGAGAGGAGCUGCAGAAGACGCGCCAGAAGGCGCAGGAGCUGGCGGUGGCCAUCCGCGUCCGGCUGACUGCCCCGCUGCGCGACCGGAGCCUGGGAGCCGAGGAGCGCGCCGAAUUCGAACGCCUCUGGGUGGCCUUCUCCGGCUGCCUGGACCUGUUGGAGGCCGACAUGCGGCGUGCAUUGGCCCUGGGCACUGAGUUUCCGUUGCAGGAGCCGCGGCGGCCGCUGGUGCGCACAGGGGUGGAAGGCGGGGCGACCGGCGUAGCGGCUCGCGCUCUGAGCGUCCGGAGCCUGCGGCACGAGGCGCAUCGCGACUUCGACGUGGAAGACCUGCACCAGCUGGAGCGGGAGAUCCUUCAGGUGGGCGAAAUGAUCCAGGAUAUGGAGAUGAAGGUCAACGUGCCCCGCUGGACGGUGCAGGCCCGGCAGGCGGCAGGUGCCGAGCUCCUGUCCAGCGCCAGCGCCGGCGUCUCCUCGGUGGGCGGCGUGUCGGUAGAACAGCGCACUGGGCCCUGCGACCUGAGCAAGGCCAAGGCCGCCACCAUCUUCAGCGCCGUGCUGCUGGCGGCUGUAGCCUUGGCGGUGUGCGUGGCGAAGCUGAGCUGACCGGUACCCGACGGGCCCCCGCCUCCACCAACCCCUCUCCGGAGACACCCCUGGAGAACCUCUGCAACCGCCUGGACUAGGGAUGGAAAUGGGAUCUGGCAUGUUUAAGGGGAGCGGUUCUAAAGCACCGUGUGUGUAACGUGUAUGUUUGUACGCGUGUUUCAAGCACACAUCUGUCUGGGCAGAACGUGGCUUCCCUCUUGCUGGCCCGGGAGGAGUUAAUUUUGCGCGGGCCAUCAGGGCAUUAUCGCUAAUGUAUGCAAGAGCUUUAUCCCCUAUUAAUAGAAAACCGUUCACAGUGACCCGAGAUUCCUCCGACUUAAUACUUUACCGCCUGUGCUGCUGGGGCGUGUUUACACUGAGGCUGAGCCUGGUGCCCCCACCCCUGCGGGUGAUUCCCAUUCUCGGAGAGAGGCAGUUUGGAAAGAGGAUGGGGUGAAAUGAAGAGUGGGGUGAGGGCGCUGUUUUGUGUUUGUGUGUUGGUAUUGUUUCCUGGAACAAGAAAGCAAAUGUAAUAAGAUGUGAGCAGUUUUUAUUACCUUCAUCCUUUGGGGCCUAAGCUUAGGAGAGUGUGCAAAUAGCAGUUCAUGCAAAGGGCGUUCUUACAGGGCAGCAUUACACACUUCUGCACCUGCUUGCCUGCUGAAAAUGACUCCCUGGGUGGGACACAAACUUUGGGAAGGGACUCAGUCUAUCCAAAAAGGCACUUUCUCCUUGACUGGGGCUUAUUUUUGUUCCAGAACUAGACCAGAGUUUUUGAUCCUCCUUUGGGGGAGGGCUGGGGAAUCCUCUUUGGAGCCCUUAAUCCUAUCUAUCCCUUGGAAUUUGCUUGCUAGCCAGUAGGAGAGCUGGCUUUGGAGGGAGCUGCACAACUCCCUGACCUGGACACCCCCCUGAGAGGGUCAAGUGACAUCACUGGGCACAGAGGUUUUGAGCCAAUCAACCCUGAGAGUGGGUUAGAAUGUAAGUAACAGCUUUAACUUCAAAAUUAAGGAGCUUAAAAAAAAGAUCUUCUGUUUAAAAAAAUCAUAUGACCACAUUGUGUGCUAUCAAAGCUGAUUUUUUAUUUGGCCACAAGUUCAUACAGUUGCCAGUGAGUCAUACAUGGUAUCUUUACUUACAUACUUAGAUUGCUAAACAAACAUCUCCAUUUAUUUUGAAAAUCUGUCUUAAGGCAGGAGAUCAUAGCAUAAACUAUUGGAAUCACAGGUGUUAGAUGACAGAAGUUAAGUAGCCAUAGCCUCUUUGUGGCAAUAAAUAAGGAAAUGUGGAAAACACCCUAGGUCCCAGGCUGGAAUUUGCCUGAGCAGUGCCACCAACUCCCCACCUGUGGUUCAGAGAGAGCAUUGUUGGGGAAGAAAGACUGAGAAAACAGAUGCAUUUAACUCUAAAGAUAAUUUGGAAUAAAGCCCAGAAACUGAUUCGGCUGAAAAGUGGUAAGAAUUUUUUUUUUCUCUUUUUCACCCCAGAGGGGAGAAAGAGGACCCAGAGGAGGGAAUGGGUAGUGUUUCACAGGGCAGUUUGAAGGGCCAAGGGUCAAAAGUAAAUAUCAGUACCAACAGCUCACUCCUAUGGACCACUCUCCCAGCCUCGCUCACCCAGUCCCACUCCUCAACACAGAUAGUUAAACCACAGAACCUGUUUGUGUGUUUCUGUGAUAAUGAUUUUAAAAGAUCCACAAAAUCUUAAGCUGAUUAAGAGUUCUGCAAUAAUAACUGAUAAAAGGAAUUCCUUCUGCUUCAUCCAGUCUGGGUGAAUCUGAAUUGGGCCAUGUAAAUUUCUUUUUACACCUGCCUUUCCAGGAUACCUUCAGAAAUGACAUAGGAAGUUUUCUAACUCCCUGCUUUCUCAUCCACCUGGGGCAAAGCAUGGACUCUGUCACCUCAUGUCUCUCAGGCUGGGGCAUAUUGUGACACAGUGUUGGAAAAUAUCCCUAAAAACCAAGCCCUAAAUAUAUUCUUUGACCUAUAAAAUUGUGACUGUUCUUAUGAAGGUGUUUUGGUUCAUGAUUCAUCAGAAUCUGUUAUAGAAACAACCUGUUAGAAGCUGUGUAGUCAUCACUUCUCAGCCUUUUGGCUAAGAUCAAGUGUAGAAGUUGUGUAAUCCAUAGAGGGCAAUUGGGACAAGCAAAUGUCUUUAUUUUCACUCUUUCCAUCCACUUGACAGAUCCUUGAGUAUUUACUUACACGUGCAAUCAGACGUGUACCUGGUUCUGAGAAUCCACUGUUCACUGAAAUCAGUGAUAAAGUACUGUCGACACACCAAAAAAGCUGAAUUAGAAUGAACGUAUUUAUCCUGUGGCUCUGUUAACCUAAAUACCUCUUUGUUAAAUAUUCAUAAUAUCUGGCAUUAUUUGGAGUUGUAACAUUGCCUAAUAGAACUUUUUGCUCUGUGAUGUGAGCAAAAUCUCCUUCUGCUUGAGUAAUAGGCUGUCCUAUAACAAUAUCUCCCUGAUCUCAUUUCUCCGUAUAAUUCAAGAGGUUGUUUUCUGGUAGAAGUCUGAUUCAAUUUAGAGGUUGGAUAUCAAAGCCAUUAAUUUCUUAAAACAUUUGGUAUGAUCUUAUACCAUGAUACAAGUCAUUUAAAAAUUACAAAUAUUUAAUAGAGAGUAUAUAGGGUACGGUCAGUGUUAAGAGUCAACUUUCCUAAAUUAAAGGUACAAGUGAAAGGAUGGGUCUUUACCUCAAAAAUUAAGUGCUAUUAUAUUGAUAAAUCUAUCAUAUGUUAAAUAUCUGUAAGAGAAAAUACACCUGGCUUCUCUUUGGGGGAAAUAGCACAGCUUUAUCUGAUACUGAUAUGACAAGAACUUGUAAUGUCAAGACACUUAUCACGGGAACUUUCAACUAUUCCUAUUAGAAAAAAAGAACAGAACAAUGUUUAUAGAAGAAAAAAAUGCCUGGCAAAUUCUUUUUUAUGUACUCUAAGAAUGUAUGCUUUUAAAUGCCACAAGGGAAAAUAUUUUUGGGAAGUCAAAUCAGAGCAUAAAAUUCAUGAUUUGCCUAAGGUUUAUAGUAAACUACAUAAGAGAUGUGUGAUGUCCAAUGACUGAAAAGCAGUUUGGGUUGAAGAGAGUUCUGGGUUGCAUGAGAACCCUGAUCAUGCUGCAUUUUUUUCAACAUGCACGUUCAUACAUUUUUUUUUUUUUUUUUUUUAGCUAGACAGUUGAUUUUUAGGAUGCAGUUCUCUAUUCUGUAAUGAGUGUUUGUUAAGGGUGCAAGCCCCAAAGUGUGAGCCUGUAAAGCACCCUCAGAAAUAGAAGUGCUACAGGGCUGACUUCUGUAUUCCUUUGGGGAGUGCCUCCUCCUACAAAGCCAGACCAGCUGCAGUGGGCAGGGCUCUGCCUUUCUCUCCAAGUACCUCAAACGAAUCACUGACUUCCCUGUGUCUCCCUUCCCUCAUCUGUGAAAUCGGAGGGUCCUGACUGGUGAACUCAAAAACAUUUAACAGAAUGCAGUUAGACAGGGAAGAGUUAUUUUGUCGGGGGCUUUUUUUGGGGGGUGGGGAUGUGGAGAGGAGUUGUUAUUGUUGGUUUUGGUGCAUAUUAAAAUGGAAUCUUACAAUUUAUCUAAACUUAGUCUGGUGGUAAACUUCCAUAUGAAUUUUAAAAAUCAGAAUGAACUAAGCUUACUGUGAUUUUAGUCCAUUGUAAGUGUGUAAAGAUGCUACUUAUUUAUAGUAUUUAGAUUAGAAUUUUAAAUUCAGACUGUAAAUCCAAGAAGGCCUAGUGUUUAUUAAACACUUGGUUGUACCCAGCAACCUAAACUGAUUCUGGUAAAUUACAGAUGUGAAAUCCCAUAGUUUGUCAUGGAGUCUUGGAGAAUCCUUUUCUGUAACUGCCCUGUACCCUCAGAACUGUAAUGGCAUUGCCUACCUGAUGCUGGGAAACUAGCACAGCACGGGUUGUUUUGAAUGUGGCAUCAGACCCUAGUUGGAAGUAAAAGGCUUCAUGUCUACUGUCUGAAUGAUGCUUCUAACUAAAAUGGUUAUUAAUAAUUUAAAGGGGCUUCCCUUGUGGCUCAGCUGGUAAAGAAUCUGCCUGCAAUGCAGGAAGAUAACAUGCAGCAUUCCUAACUUUUUUGGAAAAGGCACCCUUAAAUGAUUCAGCUAUCAACUAUUAUGAUAUUUUAAGUUAUUCUUAAUCUUCUUCAUGUACAUUUAAAUUGAAGUGAAUUUCCUGGUCAACAUAUUUAUACUUCACAGAAUUCAUUACAUAAAGAGAUGUUCAGAAGGACGCCAGGAUUAUAAAUCUCCAGGUGUUUUUCUACAAUACAAUCAUACUCUUCUUUUCAUGGAAGAUGGAAUCCAGGAAGAACAGUAGAUCUCCAUAAGAACACUAUUUGGCUGUGGUCAACAUAGAUCAGAGUCCUGUUCAAAUACUGUUCCUUUAGCUCUUAGGAACUGACCAAAGGUACAAGAACUGACUACAUGCCCUGCGUCCAUGAGCACAGGCUAGAUUUAUGUAAAAGCAUUCCUCUCUUUUAUUUACUUAUUUUCAUUUCACUCCAAAGAGGAUUUCUGGGUGCUUUCAUUGCAGUGCUCUGAGAAUCUUCAUCAUCCUUCUUCUCUGGUGUUUGAAUAUAGAAUGUUAUAACCUUAAGGCUUAUAUGACAAAUGUUAAUAAGCCAAAUGAAAACUCCUGUUGACAAAAUAACUUUUAAGAGUCCUUUCAACAUGCUGUCGUCAGGAAAGGAAUUUUUAAAAUACUUAUUUAUUUGGUUGUGCUGGGUCUUAGUUGUGGCAUUCAGGAUGUGACAUGCAGGAUCUUUCAUUGCAGCAUGCAAACUCUUAGUUGCAGCAUGUGGGAUCUAGUUCCCUGACCAGGGAUGGAACUUGGGCCCCCUGCAUUGGGAACAUGGACUGGACCAAAUCCCCAGAAAGCAAAUUUGAAUGUCUUUUGUUUGUAGGUAUGUGUCAGGCACAUAGAGAAGAUCUAUGAAGAAAUAUACAUAAAUGAAAAUGUUUGUUAAUGUUUGGUGGGAUUAUAAAUGGUAUUUUUUCAAUAUAUUUGUAUUUAAUAUUGUUAUAUUGUUUUUACAAUAAAGUUUGAAUGCUCUUAUCUAGAAAAUGUUAGUUAUUAAAAUAUAAAUUUUAACAGUUAGGGUCUCAAUUUUAAUGAGAAAUGAUUUCAGAACACACACGCUUACCCCACCAGGAGCCACAAACAGGCAAAGCAGAACUUUUAGAAUCUUACCCACAGGGAAUCAGAAGCAUGUUUUUUCCUAAAUUAAUUCAUUUUAAUUGGAGGAUAAUUUCUUUACAAUAUUGUGGUGGUUUUUGCUGUACAUGAGUCAGCCGUGGGUGCACACAGAAGCAUGUUUUAAAAUGUAUUAUCAAGACAAUAGCAUCAAGGUUAGGAACACUGACUACAGAAUCCUGGGUACCCCUGAAUUCUGAUCCAUUCUUAUUGAAGAUGUUC